UUGUAAACCCAUUAUUCUACAUACUUUCUGUAAUUUGUUUUGCUGAAAAAUUGUAAUUUUGCUCAAAUUUUGUAUAAGAUUUUUAGUUUGUAAAAUUGGGGAUUUUGUUGGUGGGUUUUUAUUUCGUGUUAGAAAUCCAUGCUCGAUUUGCUAUCGAUGUUCGAUACUCGAUGUCUUCUUUGUUAUUCUGUAUCGCUCGGCUCUUUAUCGCUGUAUAAGCCAAUUGUAAACAUAAGUUGAUGCUUUGGUUUCUAAUUAUUGGUUAAAAAGAAUGAAAUACCUAUUCUGAAUGUGAUGAGUUUGAAAUACCGUGUUUACUGUAUGCGUUAGGUCUAUUUGUCGUCUUUUCCUUUGUAUUCUGUUUAUGAAUUAUGUUUAAUGUCUUCCUUUGGUUUGUCAUUUCCAGUGUAUCAUUUUGCCUUACUUAAAUGACAAAUUAUGCUUUGUGAACUCUCGAAAGGAGUUGGGGAUAGUCAGGCUUCGAUUAGAAGAAGUUCAGCGUAUCUUAUUGGAUAUCUGUUCAAAAAUUGCGACAUAUAUAUUGGUGAUGUAGCUCCAAACAUGAUAUCUACCCUGAUAAUUUUGUUUAGUGAUCCGGAUUCUGAUACAAUGGUGGUUGCAUGGCAAGCUCUGUCUAGUGUUGUGAGUUCAGUUCCUAAAGAAGUUCUUCCAACAUACAUCAAGUUGGUUCGUGAUGCUGCAUCUACAUCAAGAGAUAAGGAACGUAGGAAGAAAAAGGGAGGACCAGUUCUUAUACCUGGAUUUUGCCUUCCGAAAGCUCUUCAGCCAUUGCUUCCUAUUUUUCUCCAGGCCCUUGAUUCGUAUUAUAGGUGACAGAUUUCCUUCAGGAUAACACGAGGACAAUACGAUCUAGUGCAGCUCUUGCGCUUGGGAAGCUUAGUGCUCUCAGCACCAGGGUUGAUCCUUUAGUUGGUGAUCUGUUAUCUGGCGUGCAGACAUCAGAUGUUGGAAUUCGUGAGGCUAC